AUGUCUUUGACUCUCGAUUUCUUGCUCCCUCCCCCUCCUGCUUCUUACAAGGCUGACCAAGCCUCUGCUGUUCACAACGGUUUGAGUGCUACCACUGAACGUCUUAUUGAACCUGUCGGUCGCCACUUCCUCGCUCACGCCCGUAGAAAGACUAACAACCGCACCUUCUCUGAAGAUGAACGCCACCAAGCCGAAGAACGUGCCAACCAAGUCGUUGAAGAAGAAACUGUUGAAUUCGAAUACGAAGAUGUCGACAUCAACACUGUCAACCAAGAUCCUACUCAAUGGAAGCAACAAGAUAACUAUGCUGUUCUCGGUUUGACUAAGUUGCGUUACAAGGCCACUGAAGAUCAAAUCAAGAAGGCUCAUCGUCGUAUGGUUCUCUUGCAUCACCCUGAUAAGAAGGCUGACAAGAACGACGAUGCUUUCUUCAAGUGUAUCGCUAAGGCUUACGAUACUUUGAUGAACCCUGUCACUCGUCGCCAAUACGACUCUGUUGAUUUCGGUAUGGCUCUCAUCGAAGAAGAUGUGCCUACUGCCAAGUCUGAAGGUGACUUUUACGAAUUGUGGCGUCCUGUCUUUGAACGUGAAGGCCGUUUCUCUACCAAGCAACCUGUUCCUUCUCUCGGUGAUGCCAACUCCACUAAGGAAGAAGUGGAAGCCUUCUACGAUUUCUUCUACAACAUCGAUUCCUGGAGAACCUUUGAAUGGCUCGAUAAGGAAGGUGCUGAAGGUUCUGAUAACCGUGAUGACAAGCGUUACCAAGAAAAGAAGAACCGUGCUCAACGUGCUCAACUCAAGAAGGAAGACAAUGCCCGUCUUCGUAAGCUUGUCGAUACUUGUUUGAGUGUUGAUCCUCGUAUUGCUAUCUUCAAGGCCGAAGAAAAGAAGAAGAGAAACGCCAAGAAGGAUGCUAAGGCUGCUGCUGAUAAGGCUGCUGCUGAAGCCGCUGCUAAGAAGGCUGAGGAAGAAAGACUUGCUAAGGAAAAGGCCGAAGCUGAAGCUAAGGAAGCUGCUGCUGAUGCCAAGAAGAGCAAGGAAAUGGCCAAGCGUGUCAUCAAGAAGGAAAAGAAGACCAUCAAGGCUCUUGUCAAGGACAACAACUACGCUAUUGAAGGUGACGCUCCUGCUACUGCUGAACAAAUUGAUACUCAAUUGUUCAAGCUCGAUGACAUUCUCGCUAAGAACAAAACUGCUGAGCAACUCGAAGCCCUCCGUGUCUCUUUUGAAAAGGCUGUUGCUGAAAAGAAGCUUCACGAAGCUUUUGCUGCUGCUCUUUAA